AUGAGCGCUAAUGAGGAAGCACCGGCGGCUGCAGACGCACCGUCUCAUAGCUCUACGGCUGUGCCUUCGCUGAUACCCUUUCCACAGAAACUGGAUAUGGACGGUAAUGUAGCUACUAAUUGGAAAAAAUUCAAACGCUCUUGGACUAACUAUGAGAAAGCAGCCGGACUUAUACAUAAAUCGAAGGACUUAAGAACAGCUACAUUUCUUACGUGCAUAGGACAAGACGCGAUGGAUGUCUUUGAUGGGUUUGAUUUUGCAGACGACUCACAAAAGGAUGAUAUCGAUAUUGUUUUGAAUAAGUUUGAAACCUUCUGUGUCGGAAAAACAAAUGUGACAUAUGAGCGAUAUGUUUUUCACACAUCUUCUCAAAGUGAGUCAGAAACUUUUGACAGCUAUUUGACGAAAGUGAGGAAGUUGUCUAAAACAUGUAAUUACGGAGCGUUAGAAAAUGAAUUGAUCAAGGACAGAUUAGUAUUGGGUAUACGAGACAAUGGAUUGCGUAAACGCCUCUUACAAGAAGAUAAAUUAACUUUGGAAAAAUGUAUAGACAUGUGCCGAGCUUCGGAAGCGUCGUCUACGAAAAUACAGUCAUUGAACAAAGGUGCAUCUUUUCAGGAAGAUAUUCAGGUCGUAAAACCUAAACGGAAACCUACAGCAGAUCGUAAGAAAUCUUCAGCGAGGAAAUCGAAGUGUAAAUAUUGUGGGAAAUUUUGUGCUGCAGGAAAUUGUCCCGCUUAUGGGAUCAGAUGUCAAAAAUGUGGAAAAUUUAAUCACUACGCUUCGGAGUGUCGUUCAAUAACAAAAUUUCAAAGGUCGCACGUGAAACAGUUUGACAUACAGUCGGAGUCUGAAAGUGAUGAUGAAGUUUUGACAGUCAAUUCCAGCGGAAAAGUUCAAGCUAAAAUAUUUGCAAACAUGCUGCUCGUUAAUCAACAGAAAACUGUCAAGUUUCAAUUAGACAGUGGCGCAACAGCAAAUAUUAUUUCUAGAUCGUAUGUACCGGAUGAACUAUUAGAACACACGCAGACAACUUUAUCUAUGUACAAUAGAUCAAAAAUGAAAUCCUGCGGAACGUGCGUAUUACUGCUGAAAAAUCCAAAAACUAGGAAACGCUACAAGGUGAAGUUUGUCGUAAUUGAGAAUGACAGCACACCGUUGUUAGGUUCACAAGCAAUUCAGAAAAUGAAUUUAAUUAAGAUACAAUAUCACAACAUUUGUCCCGUAGACUUGGAGAAAACGUCACCUCAAUUAACCAUGGAUGAAAUUGAAACAAAAUUUGCGUCAGUAUUUGAAGGUGAAGGUCAGUUUGAAAACCACUUACAUUUGGAAAUAGAUGAUACAGUCAAACCUGUGAAAAUGCCUGUACGCAGAGUACCGGUAGCUAUGAAAGAAAAAUUGAAACGAGAGCUAAAUCAACUUGAAAAAAGGGGAAUAAUUGCGAAAGGCGAUACACCAACAGACUGGGUUUCGAGUUUAGUAGUUGUCAAGAAAGCCAAUGGAAAACUUCGCAUCUGCAUAGAUCCUAAACCAUUGAAUAAAGCCUUAAAGAGAAGUCACUAUUUGUUACCUGUGGUGGAAGAUCUGCUACCAGAGCUAAGUAACGCAAAAGUUUUCAGCAAGUGUGAUGUCAAAAAUGCAUUUUGGCAUGUGAUGCUCGAUGAGAAAUCUAGUUAUCUCACAACAUUUGAAACGCCAUUUGCGCGAUAUCGUUGGUUGAAAAUGCCAUUUGGAAUAUCUCCAGCGCCAGAAUACUUUCAGCAAUUUCUUGAACAAAACUUAACAGGUCUUUCGGGUAUUAAGGCGAUCGCUGAUGACAUUAUAAUUUAUGGCAAAGGUGAAACCUACGAAGAGGCUUUGCGCGAUCAUGACAACAACAUGCAGAAACUACUUGAAAGGUGUCAAGAACGAGGCAUUAAGCUAAACAGGGACAAAUUUCAGCUUCAUAAAACUGAAAUGCAAUUUGUAGGACAUUUACUCACGGACAAAGGAGUACAAGCAGAUCCGUCGAAAAUUGAAGCUAUUACGAAAAUGCCAAAGCCAACCGACAAAAAAGCUGUCCAACGGUUAUUAGGUCUUGUCAACUACCUAGCAAAAUUUCUCGAUAAGCUUAGCGAGAUGUGCGAACCGUUAAGACAACUUACGCGUAAAGAUGCUGUGUUCAAUUGGACACACGAACAUGACGAAGCGUUUGACACAAUCAAGCAGUCAGUGUGCAACGCGCCAGUAUUACGCUACUAUGAUUCUAAACUUGAAACAGUAAUACAGUGCGACUCUUCUGAAAGUGGACUCGGUGCAACAUUACUGCAGGAGGGACAACCAGUUGCAUAUGCAAGUCGUGCACUCACACAAACAGAGCAAAACUAUGCGCAGAUCGAAAAAGAACUGCUAGCGGUGGUGUUUGCAUUUGAGAAAUUUCACCAUUUCACAUAUGGUCGGAGAGUUUUUAUAGAAAGUGACCACAAACCACUUGAAAUUAUAAGUAAGAAACCGCUUUUUCGGGCACCAAAGCGCCUCCAACGGAUGCUACUGAAAUUGCAGACUUAUGACUAUGAAAUUUGCUAUAAAAAGGGCAAACACAUGUAUAUUUCUGAUACGCUUUCAAGAGCCUACAUAGCUAAUGGAUGUGCUACGCACCUGGAAGACGUACUGUUAACAGACUAUGAGAAAGAGAUAGAAGCUACAUGUUUGUCAGAUUAUUUGGCAGUUUCGUCUGAAAGACAAACUAGAAUCAAGCAAGCUACGCUCGAAGACCAGACAUUGGUAAAGCUGAUUGAGUGUAUUAAGAAUGGAUGGAAUAAAGCGCCGAGAGAAGUAAAGCCGUAUUAUUCUGUCCGGGAUGAACUAUCGGUAGAUAACGGUAUUAUAUUUCGCGGUGAUAGAUGCAUCAUACCAAAAAGUAUGCGUAGAGAAAUUCUAGAUCAACUUCAUUCGCAUAUUGGAAUUGAAGGUUGUUUAAAACGCUCUCGUAGCUGUGUGUAUUGGCCAAAUAUAACAUCUCAAAUUAAAGACUUCAUAAGCAAAUGUGACACGUGUCAAUCAUUAGAAAGAAAACAGAGUAAAGAACCGUUAAUCAGUCACAGUAUUCCUGACAGACCUUGGGCAAAAGUCGGAACUGACGUGUUUACGUUUGAUGGCAAUGACUAUUUGGUAACUGUAGAUUAUUUCAGUAAUUUCUUUGAAAUAGAUCGACUGUAUGAAACAACGUCGAAGGAAAUAGUCGCCAAGCUGAAACAGCAUUUUGCAAGGCAUGGAAUUCCUGAACGUGUGAUCUCAGAUAACGCAAGUGUUUACAAAUCAGAAAAGUUUAAAUCAUUUUCAAGGAAAUGGGAUUUUACGCAUGUGACUUCAUCUGCAAGGUAUCCACAAUCAAACGGAAAAGCUGAAAAUGCAGUUAAGACUGCGAAACGUAUUAUGAAAAAAGCAAAACAUUCGCAUACAGACCCGAUGCUAGCACUUUUAAAUUUUAGGAAUACACCUCAACAGGCUACAAGUUAUAGUCCAGCUCAGCAGCUGAUGAACAGAAAAACACGAACAUUACUACCGGAGAGAUCAAAUCAGUUUCAGCCUAGCAUACCGUCAAAUGUUAAGGCUAAACUUCAGAAAAGCAAAGACAGACAAGCCUACUAUUAUAACAGGACUGCGAAGCCAUUAGACUGUUUGCGAGCUGGUGAUACGGUGAGAAUACAGCCGAAUGAAAGAAAUAAAACUUGGGAAAAGGGAACUGUUGUCGAAAAACCACAAACGCGGUCUUACAACGUUCUGAGAGAAAAUGGCACGGUAGUGAACCGAAAUAGAAAACAUCUCCGACGGACGAGUGAACUUUUCAAUGAACAAAGGGAGGAGACUGUAGAGAUAGAUCCGAAAAUAAACGACCAAGAGUUGUUGCCCCAGACAGAUUCUCGAACUGAAACGGUAUACCGCAAACAAUCGGUCAGUCAGUGA